UACACAUUUCGUGCGGGGAAACCGACAACGUGAAGGAUACUACAGUACUAUUAUUGUCCUUCAAAAGUCUAUUCCAACAACACAGCAGACAAUUGUUCAACAAUGACCUUGAUCACGGACAUAAAGACUCGGAAGGAGAAAAGAAAGGAAGCCAGAAAGAAAAGAAAGCGACACAGCCAUUUUGUUCAAGACGAAACGGAAAUUUCUUCCGCAAUCAAGUCAAAGAACGAUGAACCUGGCUUGAAAAAGAUUCAGUCAAAGUCGAAGUCGUCCAUUCAGGUCCCAAAGCCAACACCUUCAAAUAGAGAUAAAAAACGAAUAAAGACAAAGAGUAAAAGAACGGUGGACAAUAGUGCCGAACAAUCCCCAUUGUUGCACGACAUCAAUCCGGAUCUUGCAGACGCAAUAAGACGCGACGAUGCCGAAAUUGCUGAGCUGGAAAAACGAUUGGGGAUCACAGGAGGGAAGAAAGGCAAGGAAAAAUUGAACAAAGAAUACUCUAAACUAGAAGGUUAUGGCGACGAUUUUGGAGAUUUCUUGGACGAUCUAGACAACCUAGUCAGCCGUGUAACAACUGCCGAUAAAUAUUCGGAGAAUCCCAAGGACGUCGACAGCAUGGAAGACGACUCAGGCGGAGAAAGCGAGCCUSAAACAAAAAGAUCAAAGAAGAAAAAGCAUGCAAAAAAUGCAAAUGAUACACAGUCGUCGAUGGAGGAAGAAUACAAUAGCGAAUUUUCGUACGGCGACCUGGAUCCCAGUGUGGCAGAUGCAUUGCGCAAUGACGAUGAAGAAAUUGCCGCAUUGGAAAAGAAACUGGGACUUUCAAAGAAAAAGGAAAAGAAUAAAUUAUACAAAGAGUAUUCAACAUUAGAGGGUUUCGGAGAUGAUUUCGGAGAAUUUUUAGACGAUCUGGAUGGUAUGAUGACACGAAUAAAGAAACCAGGCAAGAAUAUGAAAUAUCCCACCGACAGAGGGGAGUCAUCAGAUGAGACKGGGARAAGCAGCGGAGGUGAAAGCGAUGACGAGGAACUCGUUCCAAUGAAAGGGUCAAGCGACGAMUUUGAUGAAGACGAUAGCGUCUUAGAAGAAUUGGAAAGAAUGGAACGCGAAGAAAAUGCUUAUGCAGGUGACUCGAACGAUCGAGAAGAUGACGGUGACAGAACAGAGUCUUCGAAUGAAGAAAACAGUGAGGAUUCAGCUAGUUCUGAAAGCGAGGACGACGGCAYAGAAGAGGAAGAAAAGGAACCGGAUCAUGACGUAGCAGAUACAUAUCGGCCUUCCAYAGGAGAAGAUAUAUACGGAAAUAAUAUUGAAUCGGAGUCGUCAGGUGAUAAAAAACCUUCGAAGUAUGUCCCGCCUCAUUUAAGAAAGAAGCAGGUUGUUGGUGACAAUGAGGAGGAAAUACAACGACGUAGAGAGAUUMUGCGAUCAUUGAACAAUUCUUUGAAUAGACUGUCGGAAGACACAUUGAUAUCUGUUGCCCAGCAAGUCGCAUCAUUAUAUUCGUCGAAUCCCACCCCACUAGUACACGAAUUGAUCUGGAAAAAUGCCAAGGAUGCUUGUAUUACUUCUCCAAUGUUCAUGGUCGGAUUGAUUCCUGUUUAUACUGCUUGUAUCACCGGAGUGCAUAUUCAAACAGGUGAUACAGUUCAAGUUGGUGAAAAUAUACUGGAAAAUGUUGUCGUUGAACUGUUGGGUCGACUCAAAGCAUCAAGAGAAAGGGAUCCUGACGAGAUUGAUAACAACCGAAAAGAAAUCGAAAGCAAACAGAUCAGUAACUUGAUGCUUUUCCUAGGUUAUUUGUAUAACUACGGGAUUGUUCACUGUUCGUUCAUAUACGAUGUUAUCCGCCAUCUAAUCGAAAACUUUUCCGAGUCCGAUGUCGAGUGCUUAUUGAUCAUCUUACGUCACUGUGGGCGAUCGCUGCGCUCCGACGAUCCUACAGCACUAAAAGAAAUCGUUUUGCUCGUUCAAAAGAAGAAAGUAGAAAACGACAAGCAGGUGCCCUCUAGUCGCACGGAGUACAUGAUUUCCGCAAUCAUGGAUUUGAAAAAUAACAGGAGGAAAAAAGAGGACACAGUCUUUACCGAGAAAGUUUCUAAAUUCCGGAAAGUUCUCGGCAGAAUCAAGGCAUCUGCAGCCAAGGCUGGCCUUUCAAAAAGUUCUUCGGAAGCAUCAUUGCGAAUUUCUUUGGAUGAUAUUUUGAAUGCAGGAACGAAGGGGAGAUGGUGGAAGGUUGGAGCUUCGUGGGUAGGAAAUCAGUACCGAUUCUCAGAAGGAGAAUCAAAGCAAGACGGUAAAAAGCCAGAAAGCCACAAGUCAUUGACUUCGACGCUAGAGGACGGUGACGAAGAAUUGCUCAAACUGGCAUCCAAAUUUCGAAUGAAUACCGAUAGGAAAAGAGCGAUUUUCUGUAUUAUUAUGGGAGGGACAGACUGUGAAGACACAUUUGAGAAAUUGUGCCGAUCGUCCAUGCUACAAAAUAGAAGUGAGAGAGACGCCGUUCGCGUAUUGAUGGAGUGUUGCGGAAAUGAGAAGUCUUACAACAAGUUUUAUGGACACUUAGCAGCACGGAUGUGUGAAUAUCAACCUCAGAGCAAGUUUUCUCUACAACUAGCGUUUUGGGAUAUUUUUAAGCAGUUUGAUAGCAUUGGAGCUCGAAAGGUAGCCAACCUAGCCAAGCUUUUGUUUCACCUUGUUGUAACACAUCACGCAUUGAAACUUUUUCCAGUCAUUAAGGCACUCGAUCUUUCUGACGCAGAGGAUAUGGACGAGAAUACGAUGAUAUUUCUUACAAUUCUUCUCUCGAGCAUUCUUGAAUAUUUCCCCGAUCCAUCACAAGCUAAGUUUCUUUUUGCUCAACGCAUGUCAAGAUCCGAGAGCGAUGACAGGGAGGACGAUGGCGACGAAGCUACUAGGGCAAGCCUUCUCAUCUUCUUCAUGGAAACAUUAAAGGCGAGCCCAAAAAAUAAGAAAGGUUCUAGAUUCCGAAAGAACUUCAAGGCUAUUGUGAAAGAGUUGGAUACAGAUGGUUUCGAGGACAUUUUCUAAUAUCAGUCUCCUAAUUUUCAACAUCAAUCAUUAGCUAUGACUUUUCUUUGGCGUCUUUUUUCUUUGGAAGGACGUCCAACAAAGCCUUUUUCCAGUCUCCUUGGUUUUCUCUCCAUUUCAAAAGAAUCUCGAAAACGUGGUUGCACGUCAGUACUUUAGUGGAAACCAUACUGAGAUAAUCUGUAAUAGGUAAUUUCGCAGUUUGUAUUUCGAAGUUUUCUGCUCUGUCGAUUGCCACCCGCUUGAGUCUAUUUCGAUCAACAAUCCCACCGAUGAUGUAGAUCUUGCCAUCUUCCAAUUUCGUCAGAGUAUUUUCUGAAUCACUUGUAAGAUAGACAAGCUUCGUCUUGUCUUCACUUGUUUCAACAAUAUUCUUUUCUGUUUCGUGAAAGGCUCGAUGUUCCCACUGAUCAAAGCCGGAAACUUUCUCUAGUAGAUCGCGCGUUUCUCCACCUAAACUACAAGCGGUUACUUUCACCGGGUGCUUUGCUUUCUUGUUCACCGCAUAGCAGUAUCUUAUUUGAUUGGCCAAACUGUUGAUUUCAGACGAUGUCAUAGACUUCUCAAACGAACAGUCAAUAUACACCUGGUAUUUGC